AUGAGUCAACCCGGCGCUCGCAGAGCCUAUCAUCAUGGCAGUCAGCGUGGCGGCUCCACCAUCAACCAAAAGGCUGCUCUCGCAUCUGCCUAUCAAGAGCUUGGAAAGGAGCUCUCUUCUUCCAAACUCAAGAUUGUCGGCAACUACACCCUUCAGCGUCCUAUCGGCGAAGGCACCUUCGGCAAGGUACGUCUCGGCCUCCAUCGUCUCACCAACACUCGCGUAGCCAUCAAACAGAUACCCAAGGCUCAUUCCGCUAGCCUCACCCGCGAGAUCCACCACCAUCGUCGACUUCACCAUCCCAACGUCAUGCAGCUCUACGAAGUCAUUGCAACAGAGCAAUACAUCUGGAUGGUCAGCGAGCUUUGCGCAGGUGGCGAGCUCUAUGACUAUCUCGUCGAAAAUCAAGUGCUCGCCGAACCCGAGGCUCGCCGCAUCUUUGGUCAACUUUGUCUCGCCGUCGCCUACGUCCAUAGCAAGGGCAUCGUACAUCGCGACCUCAAACUCGAAAACAUCCUUCUCGAUGAGCGUUGCAACGUCAAGCUCGGCGACUUUGGCUUCACACGAGAAUUCGAACGCAAUCGUCUCAUGGACACUUUUUGCGGUACCACAGGCUACGCCUCUCCAGAAAUGCUUGCCGGUAAAAAAUACACGGGUGAACAGGUCGACAUUUGGUCGCUCGGUGUCAUUCUAUACGCGCUUCUGUGUGGAGCCCUGCCGUUCGAUGACGAUGACGAGGCCGUCAUGAAGCAAAAGAUUCUUCAAGGUGACUUUGAGAUCCCUGACUGUCUCUCUGAAGAGGCACACGAUCUCGUCGUCUCCAUCCUUCAGCACGAUCCCGCCAAGCGCCCUAGCAUCCAGUCCAUCCUUGCACAUCCUUGGUUCACAAAGAUGAUGGUCAACUCUCCCAUGUCGACCCUCGAAGAAGACCAAAUCGCCACAGAUUACUUUGCCAGUAAGCCUUCCGCCUCGACAUCGCAAUCAAAACAGCACGACCGCUUUCCGCCCACGCUCCACAAGGCGCUUGCCGAGUUGGACACAGCGACCGAGUUGGACACAGCGGAUGCCACGAGUGCCGCUCCUCCCACAAACCCAGCAGAUGCCUUCGAUUUCGAAGAUCACGAUAGCUCCAAUUCAUGUCACCGCCACCAUCUUUCAGCAAGUUCGGAGCAGAGUUACCACUCUGCCCGUAGCGAUAGCGAAUCCAGCGGACGCCGCUCCACCAACACGGAUCUCACCGACCCAACCACCGCCGAUAGCCUCAGUGGCACCGACGAGGUGGAAGGCCUUGACCAAGCUAUUGUCCAAUUAAACGCGUCGUCUCGACCAUCUGCUCUUGCAAACGCAACUGCUGCUGCAUCGCAUCCGGACAAGAACGCCAUCGGCUUGCAUCGCAACGAGUCUCAAACCACCAUAAGACGUUUAGGCUCCAACGGAAGCGAUGCUUCACUCAGUGGCGUCCCAAGGCCGUCAACAAAGACGAACACCGCAUCUCUGCCGACGCAUCAUGAGCUGCCACCCGUACCGGAUGGCACAGGUCAAGAUGACCACUUGUCCAUAUACCAGUCGGUUCCGCUCACCAAGAGAGGUUCCCAAAGCUCAUCACGUGGCCACCACCGCACUCCGUCCAGAACAAAGCGCCGUUCGCUCUCUUCUGGCGGUCUUUCGGAUCACCAUCCACCAAUGCUCGGGCGCAAGCCCGUCGACUAUGUUUCACAGCUUGCCGAUCUUCAGCCUGCCACCUUCUCCACAUCCAUCGAACAGAACUUGCUCCAUCAACUCAGCGCACUUGGCUUGGAUGUCGGUCAGAUGGUCCACAGCGUCGUGACAGACGCCUGUGAUGCAAGUGGCGCUACCUGGUGGAUGUUGUUGCGCAAGUCAAAGGAUCGUCACUCGGAGCAACCCGACAUCACUUCACCAAUCGUUCAAGUCAUCCCCGCGCCCGGCGAUCACCCCGCGCCCAUCAACGCAUCAGCUUUCAGCAAGGCUGGCCAGACGGUCACACCAUCAUCACCAGCCCAAUUCUCACCACCGCCUGUCCCCGUCAAAGACCCAGCAAGGCGGUCCGAAGACAAGUUUCGAACACAAGAGCGUCCUACAACUCUCGAAGCUUCGAGCUCCGAGAACGCGGGUCUGGCAGAGCAAAGCAUUCGGCGUUUGCAGACCGUUGUCUCACAUGAAGAGCUCGACGUCUCGGCUGCGCCCGCGCUGCACACAUCCACCUCUGAGCUCAUGAUGGCCACCAAACCGGCGACAGAUCGGCAGUCUUCUGUACCGGCAUCCGGGCCCAUGCCUCUCGCAGGCUUACCAGCAUCGACUGUGUCGCUUCCCAAUGACCGAAGUCUGACGAGCACACCGGACUCUGUGAGCUCCAGACCCAAGUCCCAACAUCGCCACACCACCGCCGUCGCCAGCCCAGCCAAGUUGCAGCACGUAGCAUUGACUACGUUGGAGGGCAGCCCGACAUCAGAAGGCUCUAAAGCGCGCGGUAACUCGCAGAAUGAUCGGCCUCGUAGCAAUUCACUCUCAGUCAGACAAUUUGCGCAGAGUGUCUUGGGUACCAAGGAUAGAGGUUCGGCGACAUCAUCCCCAGUUCGUCCGCCUCCGGAACAAGUGGUUGUUGCCGGCGAAGCGCUACCUCUGGAGCGAGCCAAAAGCCCGACGCUGUUUGGUCGUCGCAACACGGUCUCAAAUGUCAAAGACUCGAUGGUCGGCAGACUUUCCGGUCCAUCGACACCCAAGAAAACUCCGGUCGACAUGCUCGAUAAGCCUCGAAAGAGCACGGGAAAGAAGAGUUGCGAGACAGACCUUGAUCGUGUCAAGGCACUUGAACGCAGUGCAGAUUCAGCAUCGAGCUCUCCAUCGCGCUCGACCACAGGCCAAGCUGUUGGUGUUGUUUCCAAUGCUAAAGUAGAUAGCUCGGUGCCUUCGGCAUCACAAGACUCGUUCAGCACCAUGUCUGUCACGCCGCAAGGCAGCGAAAAGAGCGGACAUCGUGGAAAAGCGGGAUCUUUCUUCAUGUCGACGGUGCGCACCUGGCUCGGAGGUAAUGAGAAGCCAACAAGAAAGUCAAAGACAGGCAAACAGGCCAGCGCAUCGCAUCGUGGCCUCGGCAUCGACGAUGGGCCGAUGGCAGCAAAGUCGCCCACUAACUCCCUCAGCACUUCUGGUAGUGUAUCCACGCUGACAUACGGAACGCCCUCACGCAGUGCUAGCGUGCGUCGCAGGUCAGCUCACUAUCAACAGACCUCUGCUACUCGGCGCGGUGGGCCCAGGAGCCCGCAUCUGGGUACAUCAAGUCGGCGUUCAUCGAACGGCAGCUCAUAUCAGGCUCACCUCGAGCUCCCUCCCAAUAGCUUCCAACAGAGCAUGAAUCGACCUGCCAACAUGAGGAGAAUGAGUGCCGGCAGCAUUACGCCCACAGCUACACUGCAUGGUGACUACCUCAACGACGUGGGAGGUGUAUCGGGCGCUUCUCGUCACAGUCGACCGUCGAGCUCUCAUUCGCUCGCGCACUCUGGUGCAGCAUCGCGCCCCGGACUACAUGGCAAAGCCGGCUCGACAGGCAGCACAAGUUCGGCCUAUCGUCCCGGACAGGCAUCCAGUGUCUACUCGACGGGAAGCGGACGCCGACACCCCAGGCCGAGCCAAGAUGGCGGCACGACUGUGCGAAGGCAUCGGACCUACGCAUCGUCUUCGGGCAGUCCGAGUCGGCGCAAUUCAUUUCGUCACGAUUCGCGACCAUCUUCGAUCAAGUCGCGUGCGUCUUCACCUGGUCGAGCAAUGUCGGGGCUCGGCGAGCUAUGGGCAGCAGAUGCAGAAGCAGAUGGUGACGGAGGUGGCACUGGCGCCAGACGAUCUACUCGCAGCACACCACGUCACUCGCUCGAGAUGCGCAAGACUGGUGAAGCAUUCGACUCGGCUGCGCCACAUCAUCAACAUCACCAACACGUGGUUGCACAGAGCAUCUUUGUAGCACACAAGUCGCGUUCGCCCUACCGUCCACCUUCUGCCAACCCGAAUCUUCACGGUAGCCUUGUUCGUGGAUCGUCUCAGUUAUCUGGGCGUAGCAACGUCUCUGCAAAUUCAGAGGACGCGGGUUACGUGGCGCCGAAUAGCACGUUGGGGCUACCAGCCACAGGGACGGGCGCUUGGCGACAUUCUUGGGGUCGACCACCGCCUUGCUGGGCAGGACCUGUGGAUCCGCCACCGACGAGCUCGUACAGUAAAAGAAGCGGUGCGGCCGGUGUUGAAGACGACGGCCGACCGAAACUGCGAGACGUGUUUGCGAAUCGCGACGACGACGACUGGACGGACGAAGAGGAGGAGCAGACCUACUCUGGCGGACUGGGACAGAUGGGCACGCUUUCUUCAGCCAUGUCGAGCAGCGUGGGUCGAGUGGGCAGCGGUAUAGGAGCCUCUUCAUCGCCGUACGCGACUCGCAAUCUCGCAGCUCUCGGAAGCAGUGGCUACUCGACUCAACGCGCUGUCAACUUGGAUACAGCAAACGCACCGGAAAUCGGCUUGCGAGAAGCACCGUUUUCUUCACGCUAUGCGGGCGUGCGCAACAUGUUUCAGACUGCGACAGCCGGUACGCCCGCUUUUGGCUCUCGCUCGCAUCACUCUGUUUCGCUCAGCUUGGGUAACGAGUUUGCGCCGAGAUUGCUGUCGACAACUAUACAUUCGCCGACAGUAAGCGCGGCUUCACUGGGCGGAGGAUUGGGCUGCAUUGGCGAGUCUGCGGAUGCGCAUUCAGUUACCGUGUCGUCGAAGCCCAAGCCCGAGUCGAGCGGGACACAGACUCAAGCGCAGCAACAGCAGUCAUCGGCAUCGGCAUCGGCAUCUGCAUCUGCAUCACAACAGCAGCAGUCAGGCGGCGGCAGCAGUGGCAGCGGCAGCCGCAUCACAGCGUCGUUCCAUAAACCAGUGCAGAUUAUCGAGGAGGAAGAGGAGGAUGAAUAA